AAGCUCAAAGUACACCGACAUAAAACUGUCAUCAAUAAAUAAAUAUUGAAAUGCCUGUACCUUCGCGUACAUGUUUACGUUACGGCAUUAAUAGGUUACGCCUGCGCAUGCGCGACAGCCGAGAUUCUUGGCGACUUGCCAGGUCUUACCUCCGUGAGUUGGGCUUUUCUGCUGUUGUCCUUCAAAACAAAAGCUCAACAUUGAGCUUUUUUUUCUUGUCUGAUAGAGCAAUCUGGUUUACUUGAAAGUGAUUGCAAUUGUAUUUAUUCUAUUAUUUGAAAAGGGACAGAUGCAGGAGUCACAAAUGGUGAUUCUCAUAUUUAUUAUUAUGAACAUUAUUUAAAUCUGAGGAUGUCUGUAGAGCUGAUGUGAAUGUAAUCACCAACGGUCUGAGUUCAGAACCAAUCCCAGAUGAGAAAACUUUCAUGAAUACCAAUUUGGCCCCGAAAAACUCGUCAGUGGAGUUGAGAAAAUCACCAAAUCAAAGACCAGGAGCUGGAUGACUGACAGACAGCUCACAGACUGCCUCAGACUGGCUGUCUGUGAUUAUGAACUAACUACAAGCUCAGAGUUCAGUCACAGCCAUGCACUGACUGGAGUCACAUGGCUUGAUGGCAUUGUGAUGAGAGCUGAACUUACAUGAGUUCCACUGACUGAUCAUGUUGUCAGUGUUGUGUUGUAAUUGGAUUGGAUUCAAUUAAUUGUCAUUGCUAGAGUACAGGUACAGAGGCAACGAAAUGCAAAUAAAUACAACAUUUAUAUUGGUAGUUCAUCCAGCUGCUCAUUGCAAAUGUGUUUUUUCAUGUUCAUAUUGUGUGCGGUUAACAAAUAUCUUACUUGUUAUAUUACACUUAAAUUCUGUGUACCUGGUCACAUCAAUUUGAACGCUGGACCAAAAUGACAAUUAGGCCAAAUAAAAAGUCAUAAGUCCAGUCUGGACAGUCGUUUUCUCUCAACGCCUCAAUAGGUAGAUCUUGCCGGUCAUGAAGGCGGAGGUCGGGGAUCUUGGGCUCAAAAAGGUUGGUGACUGUGGCAGGGGGGGGUGCGGAAGCACAGCUGCAGAGGGGGUGAUUGAGGGGGUGUGGCUCGAGGAACGGUGCCGGAAGGGGAGGUGGCCUCGGCUGCACCGGAUGAGGGUUGUUAUUGUCCUCUUUAUAGGCACAGAGCUAGCGCCGGGAGAGGACCGGCAACCUGGACACGGAGCUGCGGAGACACCGAGCUAAGAGCGGAACACAAUAAAGUGUAUAAAACCUGCAAACCUGCCUGAGUGUGACUCCUUCCACGCCGCGGACACCCACAGACGUGUUACAGUGGAGCCCAGCAAAGGGGGAGGCGAUGGAUUUACACGCACAGCAGGCGGGAGUACCGUCGCAGCCGUUAGUAGCAUUGGGGCAAAUGCUGGAAAGAAUGGCGGCGAGGCAGAGCGAGGACGCGGCCAGUACCAGGCAGUUUCUGGGGGGGCUCCAGGAGCAAGCCCAGGUGCACUCAAGGGUGCUGGAGCGGUUGCUGAUGGGCCAGUCAUCAGCGGCACCGGAACCGGCGGGGCCGUCGAGGCUGACAGGGGUGGUCCCACAGAGGAUGACGCCGGAGGACGACGUGCAGGCGUACCUAGAGACCUUUGAGGCGACAGCGGAGGCGUGCGGCUGGCCAGCGGAUGAGUGGGCGAUCCGACUGUUGCCUCUUCUGGCGGGAGAGGCGCAGACGGCGGCACUGGGGCUACCCCCGGCAGCGAGGCGGAUAUACCCGGAGGUGCGGAGAGCGGUCAUGGACAGGCUCGGUCUGUCCCCGGAGGACCAUCGGCGGAGGUUCCGGGAGGCCAAGCUGGGGGCCGAGGACCGGCCGUUCGCAUUUGGCCAGCGGUUAGCAGAUGCGGCAGGCAGGUGGCUGCAACCAGAGGGCUCCGCAACAGCGCAGGCGGUGGUGGAGAAGAUCGUGCUGGAGCAGUUUAUCGGCGGCCUCCCGGCCCGCACAUCGGCGUGGGUCCGCUGCCAUCGGCCGACGGGGAUGAAGGCUGCCGUCACCUUGGCGGAGGACCACCUGGCGGUCCAUGGCCCGGGGAAGGCGGAGGGCGAUCGACCGCCGUCGACUAGCGGGCCGCUGACGGGCCAGCGGAGGAAGCUGCAUCCGCCGCAACCGUCACGGCCGGUGCCGUGGCCGACAUCCCUUCCCGCGGGUCCCCGAGCCAGUAGCAUCGACGGGGGCCGGCACUCUUCCUGGCCCACAGGGGGUCUUUCAGGCACCAGGGCAGGAGUGCUGGAGAUGCGGGCAGCCCGGUCACUUCCGGAGGGAGUGCCCAUUGAUGGAGGCAAUGGUGGAUUCGGGAUGUGCGAUCUAUGA